AAGCUUCCCUCCUCACUUUCUUUAUAAUUAAUUUUCAGCCUCUUGGUCUCUUCCAUGUCUGAAACUACUUACGCACAAUGAGCCGCGUCGCCAUGAAGCCUUCUAACUCGUGAGAAGUCAUCUUUGUGUUAGUUUUCCAAUGUCUAUAUAAUGCGCUUUUCCACUUUUAUCUGAGAUCAGAGUAUCACAAAUCCUGCAGUCGAAAGAGCAAAGAAUGGAUAUUUCAGAUUCUGCAGUUGAGUCUCAGUUGAGAAAAUUCGCUCUUCCUGUGGAUUCUGAACACAAGGCAACUGAGUUCAGAUUAUUCUCAGUGGCUAAACCCCACAUGCGAGCCUUCCAUCUUUCUUGGAUCUCCUUCUUCGCCUGCUUCGUCUCUAGCUUCGCUGCUCCUCCUCUCCUUCCUCUCAUUCGUGAUAAUCUCAACCUCACAGCCACCGACAUUGGAAAUGCUGGGAUUGCAUCAGUUUCUGGUGCAGUUUUCGCUCGAAUCGCUAUGGGCACUGUGUGUGACUUGUUUGGCCCUCGUCUUGCUUCUGCUUCUCUCAUUCUCCUGACAGUACCAGCAGUUUAUUGUUCUUCCAUUAUCUCAUCUUCUACCUCCUUCCUUCUGGUUCGCUUUUUCACAGGCUUCUCACUAUCCACCUUCGUCUCAACUCAGUUCUGGAUGAGCUCUAUGUUCUCUACUCGAGUCGUUGCUUCAGCCAAUGGACUUGCAGCUGGAUGGGGAAACCUAGGAGGAGGAGCCACACAGCUUGUUAUGCCUCUUGUAUUUGCAAUCGUUCGUGAUAUUGGUGCUGUCAAAUUCACAGCAUGGCGAAUAGCGUUCUUCAUUCCUGCGAUAUUUCAGAUGUUAACAGCAUUUGCAGUGUUCAUAUUUGGCCAGGAUUUGCCAGAUGGGAACUUCCAUAACUUGAAGAAAUCUGGGGAAAAGCCAAAGGAUGACUUGAAAAGAGUUCUUUUCUUUGGGAUCUCAAAUUACAGAGGGUGGAUUCUGGCUUUGACUUAUGGAUAUUGCUUUGGGGUAGAGCUAGCAAUAGAUAAUAUCAUAGCUGAGUACUUCUAUGACAGAUUUAAUCUGAAACUUCAUACAGCAGGACUAAUUGCUGCAAGCUUUGGAUUAGCCAAUAUAUUUUCUCGACCUGGAGGAGGCUAUAUAUCAGAUUUAGUGGGGAAGAGGUUUGGAAUGAGAGGUAGGCUUUGGGCCUUAUGGCUGUGCCAAACCCUAGGAGGUGUGUUCUGUGUAAUUCUUGGAAAGGUAGCAUCUUUAACAGUAUCCAUCAUUGUCAUGAUCAUAUUCUCUAUAUUUAUUCAAGCUGCUUGUGGGAUGACAUUUGGGGUGGUUCCUUUUGUCUCAAGAAGGUCAUUGGGGGUCAUAUCUGGAAUGACAGGAGGCGGAGGAAAUGUGGGUGCAGUUUUAACACAGUUAAUAUUCUUCACAGGAUCGAAAUACUCAAAGGAAACUGGUAUUACCUUAAUGGGCUUGAUGAUCAUAUGUUGUACACUCCCAAUAUGUCUGAUAUACUUCCCACAAUGGGGCGGCAUGUUUUGUGGGCCAUCGUCGUCGAAGAGAGUUUCAGAAGAAGAUUACUACCUGUCUGAGUGGAGCCCAGAGGAACAAGAGAAAGGGUCCCACCAUGGAAGCUUGAAGUUUGCAGAUAACAGCAGAAGUGAAAGAGGCAUCAGAAGCAGUGCUCAUCGCUCUACUGCAACUAAUCCUUCUGAUGACGCCACGCCACCAAUUGUGUGAUUAUAUGCUCCAGAUCAAUCAAGUUUGUGUCAACAAAAAUAUUCUGGUUUGCUUAUAAAUGUAGGGGUGGCUUUGGUAUUUUCAAAGAUUGCACUUGGUUACAAAUCGUUCAUGCGUUGUUUGGAAGGAGCGUUUAGUUUAGGUGGACCAGUGAAAUCUAUUAUAUGCUACUGUUAGUUAUCAUUACAAACUAGAUCUUGUAUUUAAAAGCAAAGAUAAUAUUUACUAGUAGUACCAGUAUGCCAAUUCUGUAAGAAAACAAAAUGAUGUGGCUUUGCUUUGUAAAUAUUAACAUCUUCUGGGUUUUUUGCAGUUAAUUUCAUGUGCAAUGGUUAAGCGAUUUGAUUUUGGUUUAUUGAA